AUGGAUCAAAAUGAUGAUCCCGGUCUAGAAGAGCGCCUUAAAUCCGCGCUCUGGUUGUCCAUCGGAAAGAUUGUGGACGAGGAGACAAUCAAGCUCGGCGUGAAUGCCACUCCUCAAUUCAUCGGCGCCCUGACCGAACUUGUCUGGGUUCAAAUAGAAACCGCGAGUCAGGACUUAGAAUCAUUCGCAAAGCACGCGGGCCGCUCGACAAUCAACGUAUCGGACGUGAUGAUGCUAGCACGCCGUAACGAAGGACUCGAAUCUAUAUUAAGAGCAUUUGUUGAUCAACAGCGGCAACAGGAGGCGGACUGA